AUGUGGACUCAAGCCAUACCACCGAAAGUUAAACACUUCAUUUGGAGAUCCUAUCAUGACAUUCUUCCCACUAGCCACAAUAUGCACACAAGGAAAAUCAUUCCUUCUCCUAGUUACUGUCGUUGUCAUCACCACAUUGAGACCCUAGAGCAUGCUGUUUUCAGGUGUUCAACUAUCCAGAAGGGAAAUCUACAUGCUGCUGCUUCCUCAUUCACGGAUAGAGAUUAUCAACUUUUCCUUUGUUUGGUUUGGAAGAGUUGGCAUUGCAGGAAUGAGUUUCUCCACCACCAGAAAAGAAUCAUCCCUGCUCUUAUGAUACAAACUACCUCUGACUACUUGGAUUUAUACAAACAAAACAACACGAAGUUGGCUACAUCGGGGUCCCAUCCUUCAUCCUUAGCUGCUGCUUCUCAUGAAAAUAUGCCCACCUUCAAUCUAAAACUGUCAGUAGAUGCAGCCCAGAACAUAAAUUCCAAUAUGACAGGUUUUGGUAUGGCUCUAUUCAACAACAAAGGCGAUAUGUUGCUGUCAGUUGCUACACCAUGGACAGGCACUCAUUUGGCUCUUCUAAUGGAAGCUCAUGCUCUCACCUAUGCUCUGUCGUGGUGCCACCAGCGGAACAUUCAACCAGAUCUCAUUGUUUCAGAUUGCAAAGUGCUUGUGGAUUACAUCUGUAGUGAGGCAUCACACCACCUGCUGCUAAACAAAUUUGCCAAAGACAUUACAAACUUCCUCUCUUACAUUCCUAAUGCUAAACUUAUUCACAUUUCCAGGGAGCAAAAUGAAAUGGCUCACACACUUGCAAAGUUUGCAUUAGGCCUAGUUCAUGAAGUUUAUUGGAAAGACCAUAAUUUUAUUUGUAACCUGUGA